AUGAAUAUGAGACCAUGGAGGACAUUGAGAAGGUCUUCACUGAGCUCAUCUGCUCUCUUGAGAAGAAACACUGAGAUUAAAGAGCAGAUCAGAGCUCAGGAGAAGACUGAGAUAGAUCGAGCAGAGGAACUUCACAAACAUCUGGAUCAAGAGCUGACAGAACUCAGAAAAAGACAAGCAGAGAUUGAGAAACUUCUGAUUACUGAUGAUCAGAGCUGUCAGUCUGUGUGUGUUUUACCUUCAUUUGAAGACGUUCCCAGCUUCACUCAACACACUCAUCUGUCUUUUAAAGACAUUUCAAUCUCAGUAUUCAGAGAGGUUUUGGAGGAUGUCUAUCAAGAGCAAACAGCCAGAAUAACUCGAGAAGUGUCAAAUGUCCAUGUUGCAAAGACCCAGAAUGAUUUUUUGCAGUAUUUCUGUGAGCUUCACCUGGAUCUAAACACUGCAAACAAAAACCUCAAACUGUCAGAAAACAACAGUAAAAUAUCAGGUUUAGAUGAAGUUCAGCAAUAUCCUGAUCACCCAGAGCGAUUUGAUGAGUUUCCCAACAUCUUGUGUCGAGAGGGUUUGUACGGUCGCUGUUACUGGGAGGUGGAGUGCAGUGGGGAUAACUGUGCUGUAGCAGUUUGUUACAAAAGAAUUAGACGCAAAGGAAACCGCAAUGACUGUAGACUUGGCUUCAACAAAAUAUCCUGGAGAUUGAGCUAUUGUCUGCAGAAUUUUAGUUUCAUACAUGCUAAAGCUGAAGUCUUGAUCCCUAUUGUCCGCUCCUCUAGAAUAGGAGUGUAUCUGGAUCACAGAGCAGGAACUCUGUCCUUCUACAGCGUCUCUGACACAAUGACUCUCCUUCACAGAGUCCAGACCACUUUUACUGAACCCUUAUACCCUGCUUUUGGGGUUGGAGAAGGUUCAUCUGUCAGGAUCAUAGAGCAGAAGAGAGCACAGACAAAUCAGAAAUAAAUAUAUUGAUCAAGUUUCAGAUUCAUUAGCUAAACUCCUGAAAUGUGUAUGUAUUUAAAUUAAAAUGUAACUGGUAGUUUGGAUGAACAAAAAGCCUAAUAUUUCUUAAACACUGUCAAUUUUGCUAUUUUGUUCUUUGGUGUUGCUACUUUCUAGUAGACCUUCUUUCUUUACAAACAGUUUCUUCAUAAUUUAAAUAACCAUUGACUUCAGGAUGAGGUCUGAUGUUGAUUUAAUUUUACUGUCAUAACUAUCUGAUAGUAAGCUGAAAAAAACAUGUUUUUAAAAACCUUUUAAAGAUGCACAUUUUUAAAAUAUCAUUUUCUAUCAACAUACAGCAAUGUUUCUUCAAAAGAUUCAUCUUUAUAUUUGUUGUUUUUCAGUUUGAUGUAUAUAGCCUAAUUAAUAAUCUAAUGUGUAAUUAUGAUAAAAUAAAGAGAAAAUAAGUUAAGUGUUCUUUUCAAUAAUUUCAAAGUUGAAACAUUGUCUUAAGAAUCUGUGAUUCUAUUGGUGUUAUGACAUUCCUUCAGCUAAAUAUACAGGCUUAUGUAUAAUUUAGAGAACUGUAUAGUGUCAUUCAGAUGCAUUUCUUUGACUGAGAUUUUGUCAUUUAAUUUGUCAUAAUGUCAUUAUUCAAUUAUUUAACUAAAUUGUCAAUAUACAUAUAUUUACAUAGACUAUAAUUUAGUUUUUACAAUAAAAUUAAAUCAUCAAAAAUGAUAUCGGACAUAUUUUAGCUACAUAUUCUGCAGAAAUCAAAUAUCAACUGUUAUAAGUCAUGGGCAAUAUAAGCCCCUUUCAUGAUUUUC